CCUCCUCUCUCCCUUUCAGUGAAAUCGCAAGAUGGCCUCACAGCCGCUGGUUCGCGGCGCUCUGCUCGUCCUCUUCUCCGUCUUCCUCACGCUCCUCCUGGCCUUCGCGCUGCCCGCUGCUCUCACCUGGCUCGCGCAAUGUGCGGGUUUCUCGGAGGAGGCUGGGGCCACGCACUGUCUCGCGCUGCUCUACGCGCUCUUCGUGCUGUGCGUGGCCAUGCCCAGGAUCCCGCGCGGAUCUGUCUCGGUUGAGGGGAAGGCCGUGUUUGUUACUGGAUGCGAUAGCGGAUUUGGCCACGCUUUAGCCAAGCACCUUCAUAAGCUGGGCUUCACCGUGUUUGCCGGAUGCUUCCUAAAGGAUCAGGAUGGCGAGGGAGCGAUGGAGCUGGAGAACAUGCACUCUGACAGACUGAAGGUGCUGCAGCUGGAUGUGUGCAGUGAUGAGCAGGUCUCUAAAGCGGUGGAAUUCAUCCGGGCCAACCUGGAAAAUCCAGAGAAAGUGGUGUGUUUGGUGUCUCCUGCAGGUCUGUGGGCCGUGGUGAACAACGCCGGUGUCUCUAAUUUUGGGGAAGUGGAAUUUACCUCCAUGGACACGUACAAGCACGUGUCAGAGGUCAACCUGUGGGGAACCAUCCGAGUGACCAAAGCCGUCCUGCCGCUGAUUCGCAGAGCCAAAGGACGUGUGGUGAACAUCGCCAGCAUGUACGGCCGGAUGGGAAACGCCCUGCGCUCUCCGUACUGCAUCUCUAAAUACGGCGUGGAGGCCUUCUCCGACUGCCUCAGGUACGAGAUGAAGGCAUGGGGAGUCAAAGUGGCCGUCGUCGAACCGGGGAACUUCAUUGUGGCUACGGGGAUCCUGACUCGCGACAUCGUGGCCUCUACGGCCGAGAAGCUGUGGAAGGAGGCGCCCGCUGACGUGCAGGAGGACUACGGGAAGCCCCACUUCGAGCACUACAUGGCCCUGAUGCGUUCCUACUGCAACAGCGGCCAGCGUGACAUCACACCCGUUCUGGACGACAUCACGGAUGCCGUCAUGUCCAAACGGCCGUACACACGCUACAACCCCAUGGAGCCAUACUGGUGGAUUCGCAUGCAGGUCAUGACCCAUCUCCCAGGAGCCAUUUCAGACCGUCUGUAUUUCUGAAGCGUUCCCAUUCUUCCUCUCUCUCUCUCUCUCUUUAUUAUCUGUCCAUUAUCACACUUCUCUUACACUUCAUCCUUAAUACACAAAUGACUCUCAGUUAUAUAACACCCCGGUGACCUUCCUCAUGAGUUCUGCAUGCAAGCACAGACAUUCCUGAUGAUUCACACGACAACUGAUCAAUAAUUACUCUAGAAUUGUUUUGUUUUUCUUUCCACCCUGAUGUAUGGUACGUGUCGGAUUAUCAUGGAUCAGAAACUCGACAAGUGGUCUCCCGAGUAACACAAACAGAAAAGCACUCAGAGAUCGCAAGUAUAUAAAAAAAAAAUCUCUAGUCCGAGAGAAACUAGCGCUCUCCUCCGAGCGUGGAGGGCGGGGAUUGGUUAACUGAAUGAAUUAGAAUACAAUAUCUCAACAGAUUUCCCUUCUCCGAGAUAGGAACAGUUAUUAACAGAAUUUCAUCAAUAAACAUUUAUAAAUCAGACAGACUUUAGAAGAGAACUCUGUCGAGAACUCUAUCGCUCUGUGGAGAAUCUCAGAUAGACACACUGCCAACCUGAAUACAUUAAAAAAAUCCAAAAAAAUUACACUCUUUUUCCAGACAUGAUGUAAAUCCCAUAGCUCAGAUACUCAGUGUUUCUUUAUGGAGUUUAACAUCUGCCCCUAGACUUUCAUUCUAAGCGUGUUUUAAUCAAUUAAAAGUCUUUCUGAUUUUAUUUCAGUGCAGAAAAACAUUUAAAACCCUGCACUAUGGAAAUCGUGUGUGUGUGUACAGUAUACACGCUCCAGAUGUGGAGGAUUUUAAAUGGGGAAAAAUAAGAUGGAGUAUUCCUUGAACGUCAUCUACAAUCUUAAUGAUUAAUAAUCCCAGUUGAAGCUUCUAAUUGGAACAGAUUAGUCACUAAUCACUGCAGCAAUAUCGGUCGCUUCAGGUACUUUAAAUGGAGCUAAUCAGUAUUAGAUGGAAUUAUCGAGAUGUAAUCUCUCUCUCUCUCUCUCUCUCUCUCUGUCUGAAAUCUGUGAUAAAGAUAUAUAAAAUAAUGUAUUUUCUAUCUCUAUAAAGCUAUAUAUAUAUUUUCUUAAGCUGCUGAGCAUGUAAAGGGUUAAUUCUUCACUGCCUGGCUAGCGUGACUGUACAGUCUGCAGCUGAAGAGGAAGUGGACAUAUCUGUAUCUGUGUGAAAUGCGUGCGGUCAGUCAGAGACAGCACAUCCCUCAGUUUGGUCUGUUUUCAGGAAGACAGCAGACCACCACGGGAUAGAAGAGGAUGUCUGUGUUUGUGUCCAGACUCCCACAUGAGGGUUACGAAGCAGUCUGUGAAAUGAAGCAAUAUAAUAAUGUCAUAGUCUUUUUUUUUUUUUUUUGUUGGCUCAUGAAUUUGUUCAGAAAUAUUUUUAGCAACAUGUAAAUGUUUUCACAGGAUUAAGAUGAA